AUGACCUCGUUUUGGGCACCCGUGCCAAAGCCAUCAUCUAGGCUAGCGCGAUAUCGCGCAUUAUCCCCUCAUGCGGGCGUUCAUUGGGAGAAAUUUGGGAUGGGUAGUAUGGACAAGAUAUCCUCAUUCAAGCUCCUCGACGCCUUCUACGAUGCUGGGGGGAACUUCAUCGACACUGCCAAUAACUAUCAAAAUCAAAGUUCUGAAGAAUUCAUCGGAGAGUGGGCAGAGGAACGGGGGAUCCGUGACCAGCUCGUGAUCGCUACAAAAUACACGACCAAUUACCAGCGCGGUAACGACGCCAUUCGCCAGAAGGCAUCAUAUACCGGUAACAACGUCAAGUCGAUGCACCUCAGCGUUGAGGCCAGUUUGAAGAAACUGAGGACUUCAUAUAUCGACAUUCUGUACGUGCACUGGUGGGACUGGGAUACUUCCGUCGAAGAGGUCAUGAACGGUCUGCAUGUACUGGUGCAACAAGGGAAAGUGUUGUAUCUCGGCAUCUCAGACUCUCCUGCUUGGGUCGUGUCCAAGGCGAACCAGUAUGCUCGGGAUCAUGGAAAAUCACCGUUUGUGAUCUACCAAGGUGCUUGGAACGUCAUGCUUCGGGACUUUGAACGAGAUAUCAUACCAAUGGCCCGCUCCGAAGGUCUUGCACUUGCCCCUUGGAAUGUUCUUGCCGGUGGAAAAUUUCGAACCGACGAAGAAGAGGAGCGCCGCCGACAGACAGGAGAGAAAGGUCGCAUGCUCAUGAAUACCAACUGGGAACGCAACGAGACGGAGAGGGCGAUGAGCGCAGCAUUGGAGAAGGUCGCGAAAGAAGUUGGUGUUAAACACAUCACAGCUGUGGCCAUUGCAUAUCUUAUGCAGAAGACGCCCUAUGUGUUCCCGAUUAUUGGUGGGCGAAAAGUGGAGCAGCUGGAGGCCAACUUGGAGUCUCUGGCGAUUUCGCUAACACCCGAGCACGUGAAAUAUUUGGAGAGCAUCAUUCCUUUCGAUCCUGGCUUCCCCUCUUCAUUCAUCGGUGAUGGCAAGCAAUACAAUUUUCUAUUGAGCAAUACUGCAUAUUUCGAGAAGCAGCCGCAGGGAGAAACCCAUAGUUCCAGAUGUUGAUUAGUAUGGCACUGCUUGUAUAUGAUAUCCUCAAGAAGUUAUGAUCAUAACUGUCACAGUGUGUCUAUUACCGUGUGGCUCUAAUGUUUGCAAAAAUAUUCCUCGUUU